AUGCACGAAGUAGAACAGGGCCAGCGUUCUUUAAUAACUAGUCCUGGUCAGCCAGCUACAAAUGAUGGGUAUGAUAAUGAGAAUUAUGAUUUAAUUGUUUAUAGAGGCGAUAUCAUCAGAGAUUCACGAUUAGGUUCAUUCAGGAUUCUUGAUAGGCUUGGAAAUGGUACAUUUGGACAAGUGUACGAUGCCAUGUGGUUAGCUCCACAAUCAAGGAAUGAAAUUAAUGUUGCCAUUAAAAUUUCCAAGUCUUAUCAAGUGUUUUUUGAUAGCUCUACGCAAGAAGCAAGAAUUCUAGAAUACAUUGCUACUAACAUCAAUGAUGAUGCUAUAGGAUACACAGCCACGUAUUACGGUUCCUUUGAGUAUAGGAACCAUCGAUGCAUUGUAUUGGAGCGUCUUGGCUUUAAUUUGUUCUCAGUUCUCGAACAAAGGAAUUACAGAGGCCUUCCAAUCCUUUUGGUUAAGAAGGUAUUACGUUCUAUUCUUACUGUCAUCAAAGGAGCCAAAGAUAUUGGUCUAAUUCACUCAGAUAUCAAACCAGAGAAUAUGUGCAUUUCUGCCGACAACCAAAAGAUCAAAAUUAUCGAUUUCGGUGCAUCCAGACAGCUUGACGACAUGCGAAACUUCUACAUCGAAAGCAGAUACUACAGAGCUCCAGAAUUAAUUUUACAUUUACCAUAUGAUUACAAGAUCGACAUUUGGUCUGCCGGGUGUGUUGCUUUCGAAACAUUUGUCGGUUUCCCACUUAUUCCUGGCCAAAACGAAGCGCACAUGAUUCAUUUGUUUAAUGAGUGUUUGGGGCCAUUACCUCCUGAGAUGAUCAACAAUUCGGAAAGAAAACACCUUUACUUUGACUCAUCAGGAAAUGUCCUUUCAAUGUCCGAAAUGUCAGAAGCCAACGGAUUUGAACCUUUCACUUUCAAUGAUUACUUCACGUUUAGAGUAUUCCACGAUACAAUAAGAAACUACAGACGUCAGCCGAGAUGCGGAUCCCAGGAAUACAUCGACCGUGAAAAUUUCAUUGAUUUGCUUGAUCAUAUGCUAGUAUACGAGCCAGCUACUAGAUAUACUGUUGAAGAAUGCCUUGAACACCCAUUCUUAAAUGUUUGA